AUGAAAUUGGCUAUCGUGCUCGUGGCUCUCAGCGCACUUAUGGGAUACGGUUCCGCGAUCAUGUGCUACGAGUGCAACAGCGCUACGAACACUCACUGUAGCGACGCCGUCCUGCCGGAGAGCUUGAAGCGAAACUGCUCGGAACACGACCGCGGCGUGACGCACACGCUGUGCAGGAAGAUCGUGCAGCAGGUCGAGCACUCGGUGAACGGACGCUACCCCGAGAGCCGGGUGAUACGCAGCUGCGGCUGGGACGAGACGAAGUACAAGGGCAUGUGUUAUCACAGGGCGGGGUACGGCGGCCGACAGGAGGUGUGCUCCUGCCUCAGUGAUUUUUGCAACGGAACGCAAGGCCUGAUCGUUUCCAAUACGCUCCUCGUCACGACCCUUCUAGCUUACUCAAGUAAAACAUUAUGCGAA